UGUCCCCGCCUUCCUGCCUUGGCCCGCGGCAGUCGGGGCUGCGCUGGGGGUCGCGGUGGGUAACUGGGGGCGCCCGGCUGGCGGGGAAGGAGGCGGCCGGGAGCGGAGAGUCCAAGAUGCAGAGCAGCUCGAGGAGAAUGGGCGUGAUGACGGAUGUCCACCGGCGCUUCCUGCAGCUGCUGAUGACGCACGGCGUGAUGGAGGAGCGGGAGGUGGCGCACCUGCAGAAGCACUGCUACAAGGUCCACGACAGCAGUGCUACUGCGGACAAGCUGGAGGACUUCAUCAACAACAUCAACAGCGUCCUGGAGUCCCUGUACAUCGAGAUCAAGAAGGGCAUCACAGAGGACGACGGCCGACCCAUCUAUGCGCUGGUGAACCUUGCAACAACUCCAGUUUCCAAGAUGGCCUCGGAUUAUGCGGAGAACGAGCUGGAUCUGUUUAGAAAGGCUCUGGAACUGAUCAUUGAUUCCGAAUCCGGCUUUGCGUCCUCCACAAACAUCCUGAACCUGGUCGACCAGCUAAAAGGCAAGAGGAUGAGGAAGAAGGAGGCGGAGCAGGUGCUGCAGAAGUUCGUUCAGAACAAGUGGCUGAUCGAGAAGGAAGGGGAGUUCACGCUGCACGGCCGGGCCAUCCUGGAGAUGGAGCAGUACAUCCGGGGCAUGUACCCCGACUCCGUGAAGACCUGCAACAUCUGCCACGGCCUCCUCAUUCAGGGGCAGAGCUGCGAGACCUGUGGCAUCAGGAUGCACCUGCCCUGCGUAGCCAAGUACUUCCAGGCCAACCCGGAGCCACACUGCCCGCACUGCAAUGACUACUGGCCCCACGAGAUCCCAGAAGUCUUCGACCCUGAGAAAGAGGGGGAGCCCACCAUCUCCAGGCCACACAGGAAGUCCCUGCGCUCGCGGCAGCACUAGGGUGGCCGUGCUGGAUGCCCGCUGUAGGUGGACACUAGACCCUCUGGAUUAAAGUCUCAGUUGCA